ACAGCACCAGACGGCGAUUUACAGAGUCUCCAACUUUAUGAUGGGAUCUCCUUUGAUGAUUUUCAGGGCCUUCUGGCACUACGUCGUCAUGCAGAUUCAUCUCGUCUACAACUUGGGACUCUUGUACGCCACGUUCUACUCUACCCCGCCCUUGAUGGCCUUUGUCAUUGGCUUGACAUUGUUCUGGAUGAAGGUCGUCUACGAGUUGUACCGGGACAUCAUGCAUAGGGACGACCCUCUCUACUCCUCCAACGUCCCGAAGGAAAUGUCCAUCGCAGCUGCUAUCAGUGCUUCGAUGGGCUUCGUUCUCAACAUGAAGGCACAGGAGGGCGACCUUACGGACGCUUGGUGGAGAGGCGAAGACUGAGUAGUUCACUGAACAGCAUAGCGUCCUCACCGGUAUUGCUAAGCAUUUACAUCGUUCUAUUUAUGUAUGCAUCCAUAUAUACCUCCA